CAGUUGAUCAUCUAUUUAACUCUGCUUAUGAAAGAAUGCAGCCUAGAGGUCAACUAUCGAAGCUAUAGUUGCCAGCGAAUAAACCAGAGGUUCUUUGACUUGAGAUAUUGUCUGAUUGUUAACUAAAAUAUGACGUUGCAUUUUGAAAACUGUCAAAAUCCAAUGCCAGUGUUUUUUCUUCUGACGUUAAAAUUUUUAAAAAAAAUUCAGGAACUGAAAGCGGGCGCUUUAAGACACUUUAAUUUUCCGCCACAACUUCAUUCUUUGCUACGUUACACAAUCACAAUCACAAUCACUAUUAUAAAUAUCACUCUUAUCUCGCUGCUUUCCUUCUUUUUCUCUUGGGAAACUUAUACUCUUCAGAUAAUUAAAAAAACUAAGCUUUAUUCAUUACUACUGUUUAUUCAUAUACUAACCAAAAUAAAGCUAUCUAUCAUUUAUCUUUUUUAUUGGCUCCAAAAUAUUUCAGAACAUAUUUGCCUUCUUUUUCCAUUGUUAUCAUCACAUACUGACUUUAUCACUAUAAGUGUUCUUUCAAAACAAAAACAUUCGCGACAAAAUGUAUGAUGAAUUCAACUUGCAAUUUGUAGUUGGCAAGAAGUUUAAAUCAAAAGAGGACUUGAAGGAAGCUAUUUUGACUUCUGGAAAAAACUUUAACGUUGUUUUCUCUGUCAAGGGCUCUCAUCCCAAAAAAAGGAGAGUAUUACUACAUUUGUAAGCAUGGAGGCUUCAAGCGCAUCAGAGAUGAUGAAAUUGAUGAAUCUACCUUAAUUGAUCUCAAGACUGGAGAAGAAAUUGAGGUCGUCGACACUACGAUUGAAUCCGAUUUAAUUGAAGAAGCACCU